GUUACAACAGCCCUACUCGAUCCGUCACGCGGCUUACCGGACUCGAGAAUACUUCCAGCGGAUAAGAAAAGUGAGUGUUACCGGAAAAAACACCACCUCCCCUACUCUCCCCGAAGACGACAUCACCAUCACAGUGGCACCGGCGGAAAAACUGGGCUCUAGAAGCCUCGAAACUGCUAAGAUGUUAGUGCCGCCCGAUAUGUUGGCAGCACAAUCCAAGAUGGUCUACCAGCUCAACAAAUACUACACCGAAAAAGUCCAAGCUAGGAAGCUGCAGAUAUCCAAGACCAUACAAGAGGUUUGUCGGGUAGUGCAAGAUGUCCUCAAGGAAGUAGAAGUGCAAGAACCGCGCUUCAUCUCCUCCCUCACCGACUACAAUGGCAGAUUCGAUGGCCUGGAAGUUAUAUCGCCUGUGGAGUUCGAAGUUGUCAUCUACCUGAACCAAAUGGGCGUUCUGAACUUCGUCGACGACGGUACCUUACCGGGCUGUGCGGUCCUGAAACUUAGCGACGGCAGAAAGAGGUCCAUGUCCUUGUGGGUGGAGUUUAUUACGGCCUCGGGAUACCUCUCCGCUAGAAAAAUGCGGUCGCGGUUCCAAACCCUAGUGGCACAAGCAUGUGACAAGUGCUCCUACAGAGACAGUGUUAAGAUGAUAGCUGAUACGACAGAAGUGAAGCUGAGGAUACGUGAAAGGUACAUUGUGCAAAUCACUCCAGCUUUCAAGUGUGCUGGUUUAUGGCCGAGAAGCGCGUCGCAUUGGCCUCUACCCCAAAUACCAUGGCCGCAUCCUAACCACGUCGUUGAAGUGAAGACUGAAGGUUUCGAUUUGCUCUCUAAAGAGUGCAUAGCUCUGCAAGGCAAGCAAUCGGCCAUGGAAGGCGAUGCUUGGGCUCUUUCAUUUUUGGAGGCUGAAAAUCGGUUGCUCCAAGGUGGGUGCAGACGAAGAUGUUUGAGUGUACUGAAAACCCUUAGAGACCGUCAUUUAGACCUCCCUGGUAACCCCGUUGCAAGCUAUCACAUGAAAACUUUAUUGUUAUAUGAGUGCGAGAAACAUCCUAGAGAAGGAGAAUGGGAUGAAGCUUGUAUAGCAGACAGGAUCAACGGUAUUUUUCUUCAACUGAUAUCCUGUUUGCAGUGCAAGAGGUGCCCGCAUUAUUUUCUGCCUAAUUUGGACUUGUUCAAAGGGAAAUCGCCCAGUGCUCUAGAAAAUGCUUCAAAACAAGUGUGGAGACUGACUAGGGAAAUGUUAACGAAUUCUAGAUGUUUUGAAAAGUUGUAGUGUUUUGUAAUUUUGGGAAAUGUAUGAAUGAUUGUAAGUACCUCUUCAUUGCAUAAAAUGAUAUGAAUAGAAGCAACAUAUGAAAUCGUUUGCAAGUACUUUUCGUGUAAAUUCUUUUAUUAUUUUCGUCUGAAUUAGGUAACAUUCUUCAUAUUCAGAAAGAACUGAGAUUUCAGAAUUUUUACAAUCUAUAUUUGGUGGUGAUUUGUAUAAUUGUAUAUAGGUAUUUCGUUUUCGAACUCAUGUGACUUUUGAGUGUGUUGACUCUCCAAUUAUUCAAUGAUUUUGUUAAGGUGUAUAUUAGGUAUGUUCACUGAAUUAUUCUUAACGUCGG